GCAAAGCAUUUUUACUGAAAGAAAAUGUUUUUCAAAAUAAUAUACAUUUUCGUGAUAUUGAUACUAACAAAAUCGAGCUUACAACAGACGAGGCGACUGGGAAAAUUCAGAGAAAUAUUCGCAUGGAAACAGUUGACUUAUAACAUCAAUGGAAACAUUUUACUUCAAGAUAGAUUCGGCGACAUUGAAGACAAUCGCAAGAAACGUGAAACAGGCAAGAUAGUUUUUGAGAACGAUAAAUCGGAAUCAGGCGACAGAGAUUGGAAUGAACCUCCACAGAAUGCGACCAAUAACACGAGCACAACGGAUCCUAGCAGCGAAGUUGGGAGCUUUUUUAUUCAAUACAAUAAUGUUCCCAUGGGCGUCGAAAGAUUCGGUGAAAGAUUAUUCAUAACGGUACCGAGACGACGUUAUGGUAUACCAUCGACACUGAACUACAUCGAUCUGAAAGACUCAAAGAGCAGAUCGCCAGCAUUACGCCCGUACCCUGAUCUGUGGCAAGCGAGAUCUUUGACGUCAGUGUAUCGAACCAGGGCGGACAAAUGUGGAAGACUUUGGAUGGUUGACACUGGGCUAUUGGAAAUACCUGAUAAUCCCCGACAGUUACAAACGCCAGCAAUAGUUGUGUUUGAUUUAAAAAACGACAAGCAAAUCUUAAGAUAUCCAUUCAAGAGCUCUGACAUACCAGCGGCUAACACGCCCACAGGUCUAGCUUCGAUUACAGUUGACAUAGACGAGGACUGCAGUGAUGCCUACGCAUAUGUAGUGGACUUGACGACAUUUGGAAUUAUUGUAUAUUCACUAAAACAUAAUGACAGCUGGAGACAUACGCACGCGUACCUCCAUUUCAACCCGACAGCGGCGAACUUGAAUAUUGCAGGUGAAAGUUUCCAAUGGAGCGAUGGUGUCUUCAGCAUUACAUUGACUGAACCCCAAGCUGACGGCUGCAGGACAGCAUACUUUCAUCCCUUGAUAAGUACAGAGGAAUUCUCCGUAUCGACUUGCGUCUUAAAGAACCGUGCUAUACGGAGCAAUAGGAAUUAUUUUAGUUUAUAUUCGUACGUCGGCAAACGCGGUGAAGGCAGUCAAUCAACCAUGCACGAAUAUCAUCAGAAAAGCGGAACAAUCUUCUUCGCUGAAAUCGGAAGAGAUGCUGUAUCCUGUUGGAAUUCCGGGAAAAUGUUAAACCCAUCGAAUAUUGCGAUGUUAGCACAAGAUAGACAGAGAAUGAGCUAUCCAUCAGAUCUUCAUGUAACUGAUGACGAAGUAUGGGUGAUGGCGAACACCUUACCAAGGUUUGGUUAUUCGAGACUUGACACCAACGAGUUCAACUUUUAUAUCUAUAGUGGUAAUGUGAACGAAUUGAUCGCGGGCACAGUUUGUUCAGCUCCACGUACAUAUUUAGAAUUUAAAAAGAAUAAUUGAACAAAGAAAGUAAAGAACGCGUUCCUGAAAUUCAGUCAGUUAUGAAUUUAUGACAAUUAAUACAAAAUAAAAAAGUUAAAAUAUCCUUGUAGCACACUAUAGAGCCUAAAUUAUUUGAUUCUUAA